GCUUGCUGAGACCUUUCCUGACCCCGCUUAGUGAGGAGGCGGCGUUGUCCAGCACAGGUGCCGCCUUUCCCCGGCAGCUUCUCCCGGCGGGGCAGCGCGGUCUGCCCGUGCAGCUCUGGGAUCUCCUCGUCUCCUCGGAGAAGCGAGGGACGGCGGAAGAUGCUGUGCCUCAUGGUAGCCUUCCUUCACCAGUUGCUGCUGGUGCUGGUGCUGUGCAGCCGGGGCACGGAGAGGUGUCCUUCAGCCUUCUGCGAGUGCUCUGACUGGGAGGACUACAAAAUCACUUGCAGGGACAUCUACUUUAUUCCCAGCCUCCCGGAGAACACCCAGACCCUGAGAUUUUUGGAGACUCAUCUAAGAAAAAUUCCAAGUGAUGCUUUUUCCAAUCUCCCCAACAUCUCUAGGAUUUACAUCUCCAUAGAUGAAACACUUCAGAGUCUGGAGGCCCAUUCCUUCAACAGUUUAAGCAAAGUCACUCACAUUGAAAUUCGAAAUCUUAGGAACUUGGAUUACAUAGAUCCAGAUGCCUUUAAAAACCUCCCACUUUUGAAAUACCUUGGUAUUUUUAAUACUGGACUCAAAGUAUUUCCAGACCUCAACAAAAUCUAUUCAUUUGAUGUGAAUUUUUUGCUUGAAAUUGCAGAUAAUCCUUAUAUGACUUCAGUGCCUGCAAAUGCUUUCCAUGGGCUUUGUAAUGAAUCUCUAACCCUAAAACUCUACAAUAAUGGUUUUACCAGUAUUCAAGGCCAUGCUUUUAAUGGGACAAAUCUGGAUGCUAUCUAUCUGCACAAGAACAAAUACCUCAAAGUUAUCAAUGAUGAUGCAUUUCUGGGAGUGUACAGUGGACCAACUCUACUGGACGUCUCCAGAACAGCUGUUGCCAACCUUCCAGCCAAAGGAUUGGAAAGCCUGAAAGAACUAAUGGCCAAAAAUACGUGGACUUUAAAGAAGUUACCAGCUGUAAAGGUAUUUCUUCAGCUAAUGCGAGCUGACCUAUCAUACCCAAGUCACUGCUGUGCUUUCAAGAGCUGGAAAAAAAAAAGUGGGAUCCUGGAGUACCUGAUGUGUAACCAGAGCAGCCACAGCUUUCAGAAGAGAUCAGUCAAGACUCUCAGAGACCCAUUUUACAAAGAUUAUGCAGAGGAAUACACAGACCACACCAACGCUGUGUAUGACACAAACACCAAGUUCACAAAUUUUCAUGAAAAUCCCCAUUAUUACAUUUUUUUGGAGGAGCAUGGAGACGGAAAUCUUGGCUUUGGCAAAGAGCUCAAGAACCCUCAAAUGGAAGAUGUGCAGACCUUUGACAGUCAUUAUGACUAUCCUGUCUGUGGAGGCAAUGAAGACGUAAUAUGCACGCCAGAGCCUGAUGAGUUUAAUCCCUGUGAGGAUAUAAUGGGAUAUCAAUUUCUGAGGAUCGUGGUGUGGUUUGUGAACCUGCUUGCCAUCCUAGGCAAUAUUUUUGUCCUUUUCAUCCUUCUCACCAGUCAUUAUAAACUGACUGUACCUCGCUUUUUGAUGUGUAACUUGGCCUUUGCUGACUUUUGCAUGGGGCUAUACCUCCUCCUGAUCGCUUCAGUGGAUCUCUACACCAGGUCAGAGUACUACAACCACGCCAUAGAGUGGCAGACAGGGCCUGGCUGCAACACAGCCGGGUUCUUCACGGUCUUUGCCAGCGAGCUGUCUGUGUACACCCUGACCGCAAUCACCCUGGAGCGCUGGUAUGCCAUCACCUUCGCCAUGCGGCCCGACCGCAAGAUCCGCCUGCGGCACGCCGUGCUCGUCAUGCUGGCAGGGUGGCUCUCCUGCAUCCUGCUCGCCCUUCUGCCGCUGCUCGGAGUCAGCAGCUACAGCAAAGUCAGCAUCUGCUUGCCCAUGGACACGGAAACGCCAGUGGCUGAAGCCUACAUUGUGUUUGUUUUAAUAUGUAAUAUUAUUGCUUUCGUCAUCAUUUGCGCCUGCUACAUAAAAAUCUACGUAACUGUGCGAAACCCCCAGUACAAAUCGGGGGACAAAGACACCAAAAUUGCCAAGAGGAUGGCUGUGUUGAUUUUCACAGACUUUCUGUGCAUGGCUCCCAUCUCUUUCCAUGCUUUAUCUGCCAUUAUGAACAAACCACUGAUAACUGUCUCCAAUUCCAAGAUUUUGCUGGUACUUUUCUACCCGCUCAAUUCUUGUGCCAACCCCUUCCUUUACGCUAUUUUCACCAAAGCUUUCCGCAGAGAUGUGUUCAUCCUGCUAAGCAAGUUUGGCAUUUGUGAGCAUCAGGCUCAAGUCUACAGAGGUCAGACAGUCUCAGCCAAAAACAGCAGUGGGUCUUAUGGGCAGAGAAUCAGCCGAGGGAUAGGUCAGGCUCUUACAAGCAUUCAAGACCCAGUCAAUGAUUACCUUCCUGCUGUGACAAUGCAGAACCAAAUUCUCGUAGAAGAAUGCAAGCAAACUGAGCUCUAACAUCUCAAAGUAUCACAGCCAAAACCUGGGCAAGAGGUGAUUGUCCAUAUGUGAAUCAAGUGAAGAGAUAAUAUUGUCCAUAACGUUUUCCCCUAGGUUAUGCUUUGCUAUAGCUGAAAGUACCUCUAGAGUGGUCUUCUUUCAGACAAACCACUUAUUUGAAUCUCUUAUCAGUGCAGGGCAAAACAUGUGGUCCUGAUGAUAAUUCUAGAAGUAGAUGUGAAUGCUCUACCCAAAUAGGAAAUUUUUACAUACAUAUAUAUAUAUAUAUAUAUAUAUAUAAACUGAGCAAAUAUAAAAUAUCCCCUAUCUUAAAAAGAAAAAAAGAAAGAAGCCCAACAGUAAGUAAGACUUGGUGGUAACUUACAUAACUUAUAUAACUGAAAAAAACUGGACAAAGCUGGAUAAUUAAAAUCGUGGUUUUUUAAAAAAUUAAAGGUUGAAGCUCUUAAACACCUACAUGUCAAAAGGUUGGGUUUUUUCUAAGAGCAAAUUUCUAAAACUUCCAUCAGGCCUAAAAUGGAAGAGGUUUCUUCUCGUUCUGUCAUCCUGACCUAAAACAAAUCUAGUCUUUUGUUUGCUGUUCUUGGUUUAGUUUGGUGUGGUGGGAAAACAAGUUUCUUCUUCAUACUGCCUUUAUAGUGGUAAAAGGCAAAUUUUCCCUGAUUUUGCAGCUGCUCAUAAGGUGACAGGUAAGAAAAAUUAGGGCAUUUGUGUCCAUUACUAUCACCCUCUCACUUUUGGAUAAAUCUAUUUAGGAGCUGGUUUAUUUGAAUUUGUUUUGAAGACCAGGCUACCCAGUCAAGUUAAUGAUGGUUGUUUAGGUUUUUUUGCAUGACUGAUCCAGUUGUUACCAUAUUUCAGUGCUGUUUUAUCUGAGCAUGUUUAUUGCCCUGAACACCCUGCUUUCUUACCACUUCUGCUGUCCCUACUUACCUCUCUCUCACAGGGUAGAACUUUCCUUUGAGCCUUUUUUAUGUUGAGCCACCUCAAACCUCAACUUAGACCACGGGAGUGGAUCACACCUUUAGGUUCCUUCUUGCCAUACAGUUUACUGACUUCUAGCUCCUCAGCAUGUUUUAAGAACAUCUAUCUUGUAGUGAGAUCUGUUACCUAACCUUGGUAAACUAUGAGAAUCCCAUAGUUAUCCUCUGGCUGACCACAGCCUGCUGUAGCUGGGACAUGUGCUCUCCACAGUGUGUUAAGGAAAUCCAUGCUCAGACCCAAGGAACAACCCCCAGUCUACAGCAUUAAAGCAUCCUUCUGCCCUACCUGCUGCUAGGUGGGGCCAGACCAAGGGCAAGCUUGGCUCAUUCUUACACCACAAACAAACAAACGAGGCCUGGCCCUCCACGUCCUGCAGACACCAGGACUCAGGGCAGGAGCUGCUCUGCUCCAGCUGCAUUGUUAACACCAGAGUGGCCUGAGUGCCUGGCUUUGCUGGCAGGAUCACACCUGGUCCCAGCCAGCUCCACAGACUGGCUCUGCUGAGCUGCUACCAAGGUUACCAUGGAUCAUUUCACUCAGAUAUUUGAAAGCCUUGGCCUAAGAAUGGAAAAUACUGUGAGAAUAUUUGCCUUCAGGUAGGUAUUUUUAAAUUAAUUUUGUAAUAUCUAUGCUGGUUUUCAUGGAAUUAUAGUCUCUGAGGAACUAAAUUAAAUUGAUCAGACAAUAGUCAGGGAUUAUAUAAUAUGGGCUACUGGCAUCCAAAAACUGUAAUGGUAAAGCCCUCUGAACUGCUGGCUACUGCAGCUGGAAACUGAGUGAUUGCAAAUGCCAUGUACAUACUCUAUUUGAUUCUAUAUUUCCAAGUAUUUAAAACUCAAUUUGAUUCUGUAUUUCUGAUUAUAAAUGAAGGCUGCUUCAAUGAGCAGAAGCAAUGGCCUAGAUUAAUGAAUUCCAUGAGAUGGUCUUAUAGAAAAUAAAUAAUCAUUCACUGUCAAUGCCAUUAAGAAAUCUACAAUAUUGUAUUAUAGACUACUUUGGCUGUUUAUUUGGGGGAGAGGCAUAUUUCCAUUUUAUGUUGAUUCUCAGCAAACUCUGAAAGCAAAACUGCUGAAAUCCAUACAAAUAAUAAUUUAUUACCUGCUCUUCUGUAAUCUGGAGUUGCCCAGUGUUACAACAGAAAGACUUCUAAAGCUUGUUAAGUGUGCAGAUCAGCAAAAUUCCUUACUCUUGAAACAGCUGCAUUUGUAAUGCUCAGGCCAUGUCCGAGAAUCCCAUAUAAACAUGGGAGUUUCCAGAUGCAACAGCCUCCCUACCAGGUUCUGCCACCAUCCUGAUACUGGAACAACCCUUAAAGGGAGAAAGAGUGAGUGAGUGCCUUUAUUUAGUACCUCAGCAGCAGCACAGACAAUCAAGCUCUAAUGGACAUUUAUCCUACGGACUUCACAGACACUAGUGUACCAGUGAAAAAGAAAACCCAAGCUUAAAUCACACUCUUUUUCAGAAAGAAAGGAAAGACUAAAUCAAGUUUAUGUUAAAAGUGCUUUUAAAAGUAAUAUGAAUAUUUCUUUCACAGAAAGUAGUAGGACUUCAGAAAGAUGUGGUAUGUUGGACUGGUAUAGGUUGUUUGUAAACUAGUGCAGCUAUUUGCUGUUACUAAUGGAUGACAGAUAUAUUUACACAUUAUUGAACUUUUCUGCCUCUCAUUAUCGCAUAUAUAUUAUGCCUGUUAAAAGAAUUCUGAGAUACUGCCUUUAUCAAUGAAGUUUGAUAUUUCCAGUUUAUCUUGCAUAGUCCUUCUUGUGUUUAACUUGGUAAAAAACAUUUUAGAAGCUCUUGGGAAGGUCCAGGCAAAUACAAUUUAAAUAAUUUAUUUGCCAGACCUUUUCUUGUAAAUGUUUGUAUCGUAUAGGUAUUCUCCUCCAUUCCUGGUCUGAUCAAUUCCUUGAGCCAUUUUUGGG